AUGUCGGUCCACACGAUCCUUACCGCACUGCAGACAGUUCUUAACAUCGGUGUCAGUGUGCAGCCAAAGAACGCGCUGGCCUCCGGGAUCCCUCGGUAUCAGAAGUCCCCAGCUCUUCUGACCGGCUUCCCCACCCUAAACUUCUCUAGCUCAUGGGUUUCCCGACCCCCAGCCACUCAUUCUCCUCGUAACCCUGCUUGUUUCCACGAUUCCUUCUCUUCCGCCCCUCCUCCUGUGUUCAUCCCUCACUCCUCCCCACCCCCACCUCUCUCCACUCCGCUCCAGCUCCCUCCAGGCCAGGUCCAGUCUGCUGACCACAUCCGGCCUCUCUCUCUCUGCUCUGGACCCUUCCAGACGUCUCUGGCUGUUAGUUCCCUCACGUCUACCACAACCCUCUCCUUAACCACGCCGAGGGGUGGUCAUGUCUUCAGUUUGCACACAACUCACCUGGGUAGAGCAUCUCCAAAGGAGUCACUUUUUUCUUUUAAUCAGAGGCAAGGACCAGACCUCCACAUGCCCAGCGCAGAGCAUGGCAAUGGAAAGACUAAGAUAGAAGAACCAGAGCACGAGCACAAUCAAGCAAGACCAAACCUCAACCAUGCAAAUAACUCACUGUCUAAUGGCUGGGAUCCUCUCACAAUCUGGGCUCCUCCAAAGGGCUUGGGUCACUUCUCUUGGCUCCGCCCUCUGCAGCACACAUGGCUUGUCCUUUAGGCUCCAGUUGACUCCACUCCACUACUGCUACAGUCCUUGAUGGUCAUCCCAUGGUACUGGCAUCUCCAAAGUGCUGGGGUCUCCUACUGUAACUGGGCUGUACCUUCACCAAUAGCCUCUCCUGGACUCUCUACAUGGUGCUAAACUUCAACUUCUCUGUUUAAUUCUGGGCCUUCAAUGGCAGCUGAGGCUGCACCUUCGUCCAUGACCUCUCCUGGCCUCUCCAGUGCCUAGCCUCAGCUGGUCUCUACAACCUCUUCAUGCCUUCAAAACAAAUACCUGAUGUGGGAUAUCUGUCUGUAUGCUGUGAAUAUGUUUACUACUAAUAAAGAAGUUAAUAAAGAA